ACUGUACAAUCAUAUGAUAAACAGUCAGCAAACAUAUAAUAUCAAGGAAAUUGUUUUAUUUAUACAGAUAUAGUUUAGAAAUAGUUUGCUUGUUGUUUGCCAAACAAAACUUAGUGAAAAAAAUCACUAAACGAUCAAAGUCCAUUGUGUGAACAAAUUGCGAUUGAAUUCAAUUCAAAGUGAAAAUGUCUCGAACCAAGGAUACAUUGGCGUUAUUGAAGGGAUUGCAGCUGAUUGCCAAGGCCUCAGUGCGAACAAAUGAAGAAUAUUUGCGACAUUUAUGGUCAAACUCAAGUAUACGCGAUGUAAUUUCAAGUAAUUGUGAACAAGCAAAGCACUUCACAAAUCGAAUAACUACGAAUCCAAACAAAGAAUUCGAAGAUGUUGCAAAUGCCCUAAAAGAAACUGUGGAACGAUCAAGUGUUGUAGCUGAAAGUUUAUAUCGUUUUGGUGUAUCGCAAUCGACUACAAUGCAAAAGAUUAACGAAAUAUCGAAUAAACCGAAGGAAGUUAUGAACACGGUUACAAGUGCUGGUCAAUUGGAUAUAUCGGCAAUCACGUUAAAAGAACUAGAGCAAUAUCUUUCGAAUCAAUAUAAUAAAAAAGAUGAAAAAGAUUCAAAUGAACCGGAGGCCAAUCGAAAUGAGCCACCAAUUGAUUUUGGCGGUGAGCCGAGUUCAACCGUCAACCCAAAGCAAUUGUUAAAUGACGAGAAAUAUGUAAAAGAAUGGAUGCAAUUCAUAGCAGAGCAUAAACCAGUGACAGCGCAAUCGGACGAUACUCCAAAAAGUGAACCAGAGAAUGUGGCACAAAAAGUGUCGUCUCAACCGCAGCCACAAUCGGAAGCACAACCCAUUGAAUUACCAGUAUUGAGUGCGGUAGCUAAGCAGCGCAAAGUACCCUCAUCGCGAAUCGGACGAAUGGCCACAUUUGGCACAUUGUUUGCUGGUCUUGGUUUGGGCACAGUAAAUGAAUUGACAAAGGGUGCUUUGGGACUGGGUGGCUCAAAAGAUAUGAAAUCGGCACUUUUUAGUCCAAAAAAUGCUGAACGCAUUGUUGACACGUUGUGUCGUGUUCGUGGAGCGGCGCUAAAACUUGGUCAAAUUCUAAGUAUACAAGAUUCAACGAUUGUUUCACCACAUUUGGCAAAAGCAUUCGAUCGUGUACGUCAAGCAGCCGAUUAUAUGCCCGAUUGGCAAGUCGAAAAAGUGUUGAAAAAUGAAUUCGGAAACGAUUGGCGCAACAAAUUCAAAUCAUUCGACGAUAAACCAUUUGCAGCCGCAAGUAUUGGCCAAGUUCAUCGUGGUAUUUUACCAGAUGGCAUGGAAGUUGCGAUUAAAAUUCAAUAUCCUGGUGUUGCAAAGAGCAUUGAAAGUGAUAUCGAUAACUUGGUUGGUAUGCUGAAGGUGUGGGACGUUUUUCCACCCGGCAUUUUUAUCGAUAACGUUGUUAAAGUGGCCAAACGUGAACUUGUAUGGGAAGUUGACUAUCUGCGUGAGGCUAACUAUACGGAGAAAUAUGGUGAAAUGAUUUCUGUUCACAAGGAAUAUCGAGUACCAAAAGUCAUUCGGGAGUUAACAACGAAAAGCAUUUUGACUACUGAACUUGUGCCCGGAAUACCGUUGGAUAAAUGCUUUGAUCUCAGUGAAGAGCAUCGGAAAAUCAUUGGAACAUCCGUAUUGAAAUUGUGUCUUCGUGAACUUUUCGAAUUGAGAUGCAUGCAAACAGAUCCAAACUGGUCGAAUUUCCUGUACGAUGUCAACACAAAACAAUUAAUGCUAAUCGAUUUUGGAUCAACACGAUUUUACACGGACGAAUUUAUAAAUAAUUACAAAGAGAUUAUUCGUGCUGCGGUCGCUGAUGAUUUUGAUAAAGUUUUGAAUUUAUCACAAAAAAUGCAAUUUUUAACAGGUUAUGAAACGAAACAAAUGAAGGAGGCCCAUGUGAAUGCAACUAUGAUCUUGGGCGAAAUGUUUCGAUACGAUGGUGAAUUUGAUUUUGGCAAACAGAGUCAAACAAAACGCAUCGCUAAUCUGGUCCCAACAAUGAUUGCACAUCGACUAUGUCCUCCUCCUGAGGAAAUCUAUUCGAUACAUCGUAAAUUAUCUGGUGUAUUUUUGCUUUGUUCACGACUCAAUGUUAAAUUUGAUUGUCGUCCAAUUUAUGAAGAAAUUAUUAAUCGAUCUUAAUAUUAAAUGUAUGUUGCCCACAGUCAGGUUGCUCCUUUAAAAAGCUUUAUUCUAUGAGUUGUAAAAUGGUAUUUGAAACAAAAUUU